AUCUAGAAUAAACUAUCUGAAGAGACACGUUUCCGGUCCGUUACGUCUUGAAUUUGGUUUGAAUUGCUCUGAUUUUCGCUGUGUCUACCGUCACGUCAUGGUGACGUAAGUCAAGUCAUUGCUCUAACCUCAAUCCACUCAUAAAUCAAUCAUUAUGCGUCUAUGUCAUCACUUCCUCAUUUUUUGCCUCCUAUUUCACGCGAGUUUCGCGUCCAAGUACGACGACGUGUACGACAAUGAGUUUGCAGAGUUUGAGGAUUUUGAGGCCGAGGACGAAGCAAUUCCGGUCGAGAACGCGCCCGAAAGUGAGUUCAAAGAGUCUAGUCAAGACAGUAUCCAGACUGACGACGAUCAAGAUAUUAUAAUUGAUGACGAUGAUUCGGAGUUUGAACAUUUCCAAGACUUGGAGGAGUUCGAAGGGUUCGAAAACAAGGACGAGAAGCCCGUAACCGAGCCGAAAAUUACCAUAACUAAAGUUCCUAUACACUUUCGGGCCAAUUGGGACAGCUACUGGCUUGAGAUUUUAAUGGUGGCGGGUUUGGUCGUCUACUUCAUUAAUUUCGUGACUGGCAAGAGUAAAAACACGAAAAUCGCCAACGUUUGGUUGCAAACGCACCGACAGCUCCUCGAGGACAACUUUUCCCUAGUUGGGGACGACGGGGCGUUGGAAAAAACCGAAAAUGUGGGCUUUGUUAAAGAGAGCGAAAACAUCUUCACUCUGUGGUGCAGUGGCAGGACUUGCUGCGAGGGAAUGUUGGUAGAACUGAAGCUGAUCAAGCGCCAGGACUUGGUGGCCAUCAUUUCUGGAAUGAUGCGCCCCACACUGGACCAACUCCACAUCAAAGUCACAAUGAAUAAGGACGAUAUGGACAGUUUUGUGUUUUGUGUUGCGUCGAAAAAAACCGCUUUGCACUUAUCGAAAGAAAUGGCCGAUUUAAGUGUGUACUGUCCCGAGCGAAGGCCCGGGGAAAAACACAAUAUCCCGGCCUGCUUUAACGUAAUGAGCGAAAUCGCCGAAGCGACCUCUGCCAUGUUGGACGCGAAAGUGGUCGCUGUGUUGCAUAAAUAUACCGAAUUCGUUGAUUACAUUCACUUUUCGGACCAAUAUUCUGGACCGAAACAACAGGAAGAUACGGGCGUUUUGAAAUUACCUGAUAAUCAAAAAGUGCUAAUGUUUGGGUUCAAUAUGCCCUUGAAAGGCAUGGCCUUGGAAGAGGCGAUGAAUCAGCUGAAGCCGCUCCUGGUCAUGGUGUUCUACUGUAUGGAAAAGGUCAAGAAGUACAGGCUGUCGAGAGAAGGUAAAUUAAAGGCCGACAAAAACCGGCAGCGCGUGGAGGAGGCUUUUCUGAAGUCGACGCACCAGGCGCGAGCCGAGGCGGCGGCAGCACGUCGUGAAGAGAGACGCCGUUUGGAGAAGGAGAAAGUUAUGGCCGAGGAUGACCCCGAACGCCAGCGACGCUGGGAAGAAAAAGAACAAAAAAGACAAGCCAAAAAACGUGCUCCCAAAAUGAAACAACUGAAAGUGAAAGCGUUGUAAUUCGUUGCCAAAGUAUUGUAAUUUUUUCAGGUUUCGUUUGAGUAAAUAAAGUUGAGUUGAAGUUU